UGGAUAUUAAAGAAUCUAUUACUGAACGCUUACUCAAAUUUACUCUUUUUUUAAAUAAAUCGUCUGAUUGUCUUAAGUUUAUGUUUUGAUUUGUGAAAAUUAAAAUUUAAAUGUGUUUAUACAAUACAAAUAAGAAUAAACUUUGAAAAUGAACUGCUCUAAAAACUUAAUUACUAGAUUUCAUCCCUAUCAUGGUGAAAAUAUUGUUCUCUCUGAAGAUAACACCGUUGCAUAUAGAAAAAAAAGUUUUGCAAAUGCAGUGACAUUUAGUGAAAAGCCAUUAUUACCUGGAGAAAUAUUUCUUUUGGAAAUAGAACAAAAUGAAUCAGGUUGGAGUGGACACAUGAGAUUGGGAUUAACGCAAUUAGACCCUCGAACAAUUUAUCAUACUGGAAAAAUUCCUCCAUAUGCUUUACCAGACUUACCUGAUAUUGGUACAUCAUGGAUUUAUGGAAUUAGUAAAGCACAUAAUAGUGUUUUUGAAUAUGGGAAUGAAAAUGGCAAACAAUGCAUUCGACAAGGAGUUGAUAAGUUAAAAGUUGGAGAUUUAAGUAAUACCCACAUUGGACUCUUAAGACCAAAUAAAUCUUCAAAAUUUAUAUUACCCACAGAUACAGGGAGUCGAAUAGGAGUUAUGUAUAUACCUACAAGUGAUCUAGAAGCUGACAUGCACUAUAUAAUUAAUGGGGAAAAUCAGGGUGCAUGUGUAAAAAGAAUUCCUUUUACUUCAGCCCCACUACAUGUUGUUGUGGAUGUGUAUGGUACUACUAAAAAAGUUAGAAUAGUUCAAUUAUAUGUAGGACAGGUUCUGGUUUUUGCUAAUGUGUCCUGGUUUCAAUGGUGUACUGGCCAGUACAUGAGAAAUUCUUCAAAGCAUUGUUUGGAGGAGAGGACCAGUUUUGACCCAAACAUUUCCAGCAUCCAACAGUUGGUGGGAUUUCCAUUGAAUAAUUGGGCAGAAUUUAACCAGUUCAAGUCCAGUGAAACACCUAAUAAAAGAAAAAGUCUGCUUUUAAUCACAAUUUUUGAUUGUAACGGACGCUACAAAAAUUCCCGAGUAGCGUGGAAUGGCUGUGCAGUUCAUUUACCUAAAAAUCUUGGUGCCAAAACUCAGAAAGUGUUUGCAAAUAUGGCUCUUAAAGAAGCGAUAACUGAUAUUUUGACAAUGGAGUUCACCUUUCUGGGAAAUAAUAAUAAAAGGGCCUUUAUUGAUACAAAAUAUGGUUGCUGCACAUGGUCUUGUUUUGAAGGCCCCACAUCAAAUGAAGAGUUCUCGCCACACAUUCAAGAAGCAUUAAGAACCACCAGACAACGUGAAACAUACAAAUUAAAAAAACAGCAGAAAACACCAGAAAGUGAAGCAACAAAUGAUAAUCCUCAAAACUAUAGUUUUGUAUACAGUCAAUAA